AUUUUAACAAUGUUAGGUGGCUUUCAGUUUCAGAACAUUAAUUAUGUUAAAUUUAUACUCUUUUGAGUCUUAAAGGGUGUUUGGAAUUUUGAUUACGAGAUAUUUCACAUAAUCUGAAGAAACACGAAAAACGGCCAUUGCAAGGAUGUCAAGAGCGCAACAGAACAUGUAUGUUAAUAAUAUCUUUGAUGCAGGAAAAACGAAACCGGAAAAUAUUUUAGAAUACGAAGAAUGUCUUGCUCCUGUUGACAAAUCCAUUUAUGAUGAACUAUCUUCAACGCAAGAGAAAGGCGCCCCAAGUAAUGAUUUCGUCAUUAUGAAGUCAAUGCCUAGUGAGCAGUCUAAACAAUCGGACAAUUCAUUUCUUCAAAAGAAAUUAGCUCUACUCAGGCCAAUGUUUCUCAUACUUCUUUGCAUUCUGAUUACAGCGUUAGUUACGUCCAUUGCCACUUUCUUUGCAACAAAAAAUAAUCUCUCUGAUAAGAGUGACUUACAAUACAAAAGUGCUUGUAUCAACGAAACAGAAGGCAGAGUCCAACAAGAACUAGAUAAGGCUAUGAUUUGUAGAUACAAUGAAACAACGGACAGUCCGGCUUGUUCUUCGGCAUCCUGCCCUGGUAAUGGUGAUUAUUUAAGACUGCGCUUCAGUCGAAAAGAAUUGUACUAUUCAUACUACAUGUCAGAUGAUGAAACAACCUUAAGUAAUUUUAAAACAGUUGAAACCUCAAAGAGUGUCUCAGCACGAUUAUCGACUUACAGGGGGACGAUUUCUGACACAUGUUUAGGUGACGAUGAUUUGAUUUAUUAUGAAGUAAACUAUACAUAUUCCAUUCGCUCUAAAUCUACCUAUUUUUUAACAAAGAAUAUAUUGGAAGUUGGCAUUGCUGAACGCUCAAAUGUUGAUAAAUAUAGCGAUGCUGGUGCUUCAGCAAGUGGAUGGUCAUUCAACAUGUUUUAUAGAGGAGAAUGGUUUUCUAAUACCAGAAAAUUUGUCUACAUAAAUGCAAGGCAUAACGGAAGUAGUACAACAAGUCAAAGACUGUUAACAACUUAUGUAGGUGAACAAUUACACGGGCAAUUAAAAAUUUUCAUUAAUACCCGUAGACAUGAGUUUACUGUAAUGCAUGAUGAUUUGAAAGUUUAUGUUUUUGAAGAUGUAAAAUCAAACGAAAUGCUUUGUCCUGUUUUUGGAGUAUACAAUCCUGACCAUGUUAAAGUUCAACUAAAGAUACUAAAUUCUUUUAAUUUUUCUAUGUAUCCCUGGUGAUCAUGGGUAUCAUCUUUCAAAUUUUGUGAUCUUUUGUUCGCGUCGAAACUGACAGUUUCAUAGAAUAGAUCAAUAACAACAAACAAAGUAACACUUGAUUUGUUUGUAAGUGUGUUUUUGUUUAAUGUGUAAUAAUUUAAAUUUGCUUGGAAGUUUCCAAACUGCUUUAUGCAAUGUUUGGGCUAUUCAAUCUUUAUCUAA